AUGGCAAUGUGCAUCGAACCAGCAGGGAGAAAACUGACACAGACUAGCCACGGGCCACGUUCCGACUGGAAACGCACGAGCAUCCCUGUUUCCUGGGCACAGCCACGACCGUCCUGCGUAGCUCAGCUGCCACGUCAGCCAGGCUUGACGUGCGGAGUGCUCUUGGGUUGGAGCUACACAGACGGCCUUCAGGCUGGGAAAGCGCAGCAGCUGGGAACACCACUCUCCAACCAGGAGUACCGUCAGUUCUUCAGGUCCCUCCGGGCCACCCACCGCGCCAGCACUGCCUGCCUCCUUCGUGAACUGUACGGCUGCCAGAACCCCCUGGUCCGGAGACUGGACGAGUACGAAAACCAUGGAGUCAUCCCUGAGGGGCCCAUAUGCUCUGAACUGCCAGGAACUCUUUUCUUCCCUGACUUCUGCACCUUUUCUUUUUAUCGCUGUACUAGGAAAAGGUACUUCAUUAAGAGGAUUGCAUGCCCAGGAGAGACAAAAGCUGAGCUGGACAGCACACGAGCCUUCAAUGGCAUGACUAGGAGCAGUGAUGCCAUGUUGUCCAGCAUCUUUAGUCGCCAGCCCCUAUUUCCGACACCUCCCACAACGGCCCAGCCAGCCCACCCCAUCCCUCACACGGAAAUAGCUAUGAUUCCCAACUCCUUACCUGAGGUCACACCACGGUCGAGGAAAAUGCAACUAAAUCCUUCUGACCCACAAGCCACAAAAGUGGCAGCCAGUGGCCAGCAGCAAGGACAGAUGCCCACCACUGAUUUCCAAGAUCUCCUCCUGAGGCUGCAAGACACCCAUGUGCAGAGUGCAAUGCAGACACUUCAGCAGUUGUUGACCAUGGGGAAAGCAGUGGGGGAGGAAGAGUUGCAGGCUGCCGCCCAGAAGCUGCUGGUGGCCCUGAACCAUGCAGGUGUGUCUCAGUCAGCAACCAGCACUGAUACAGGACACAGAAGAGAGAAGUGAGCAGCAAAGGAGGGUCAGCCAUUGUGGCUCUUCUACGUGGUGUCGAGUCAGACACGCUGUCUCAGGGAUGUAUGGGAAGAUGGAAACAAGUGAAGGUGUCCUCCUUCCUAGCCCUCAGGCAUCGUCAAGGUUGACAGUGCUUCC